AUGUACGUGAUUCGAUCCGCACUGCGAGUGUCUACGAAACGACCUCCAGCGCGCUUUAUCCGCGGCCGCCGCUACCCAUCCAUACCACGAUUACGAGCAUUCCAUACCACACGCACCCUCGCACAAGCCUCUGAUCCACCGCCCGCACCCAACAGCACACCCGCCGACCAAGAUGACGUCAACAAGACAGACGGAGACAAGGCGGCAGCAGGCGAGGAACCAGCAGACAGCACGGUAGCAUCAGAAGACCCCGAGGUCCUCGCACAGAAACUCCAGCGGUCGCGGGAAUCCUCACGCAGGUACUCGGCUGCCUUGCGACGCCAACAGCGGGGGAAGAAGACACAAGGGCUGCCGCCUGUACACAUACCAGACUGGUUCUUGAAGAAGAGGGUACUACGCCGCGAAGACCUCUCCAGAGACCCACAAUUACCCAAAGCGCCCACGGUUCUGUCUGUAGCAGUGACUCAUGCUGAGUCCGGAGAGCAUGCCGCAUGCACUAUACCCGCUCGACGCGACUCAGACGCUACCCAGAUCCUGUCGCGGCUAGUGCGUGGCCUGUGGAGCAGGCGUCUGGACGACCAUGAGAAGCUCAAGGUUGAGAAGUACCUAGAAGAGAGGAUUGCACCGGUCGAUCACGCGGAAACCCACCAGUCACAAUUGCGAAACGACGAGGCAGUUGCCAGCACCGAAGCAGGACGCCCUGGCGACGUCCCCAUAGCCACAAUCACAGAAGACAGUGCCUUCAUGGAAGCUUGGUCUAAACUGAGCAAGUUGCAGAACGAUACAGACAUGGACCCGCGCAAGAAGAUUGAGGCAAUGAGGAAACAGAGUGCCAAGCUAGGCAUGGCUGCUAGAAAGAGGGAAAUCGCUAAGACCCGGCAGAUGGGCAGCUCCAGACGCCUAUCGUCCUUGGUCAUCGCUGAGAUUCGCGCCACUAUCGCUGCAUCUCUUUCCUCGUUACAGCCAGCAGCUGGCGACUCGUUUCCUGCUGCGAAGACGAACCUCAUACUUCAUUCGCCAACCGUCGAGCACGAGGCGUCAAUAGAUGAAUGCGUAACAUCUACUGCUUUUGAAUUAGGAUCCGACGUCAUCGUCCUGAGUGCUCAAGACCUCGCUCAUUUAGCUGGGGAUUACCUUGGCGAAGGAGCAGAACCAUCGUCACGUUCGAUUCGCUCGCUGGGCUAUGAGACAUAUCGAAUGAACGCGGACUUGAGCGAUCUCAUGAGGGACAUAGAGGACUCUGUCGCUGAAGACGAGGCCGAUUGGACUCCAUCAUCGUCUACGGACCAGUCUGAUCCCAACUCAACACGCCCUCGUGCUAUGCCCCUCUCCAUCAUCGCUCUCACACCUGCCCUGCGCGCUAUGACUCAAAACUUUAAGGGUUUCCGAAUCCCAGAAGGCCAAUUUGGUACUUCUACUGAUACGCUAACCGACGAAUCUGGGCGCAGUCAAAAUCCUGGGGAUGUUCAACUCGAGGAUUUGAAAUUAGCCACUCUUUUAGAUGCGUUGAUUGACUCGAGCGACGCAAAGCAAAGUCGUGGCAUCGUCGGUGAUAGCAGCUUACCUCUUCGCUCCUCUGAUGAACCCCCAACGUCGUCAAAGACUCCUGCAUUUUUCGAUUACUCCCUGGCCCAAGAAGGUGCUGAGCUUGAACUCAACUCCACAUUACCAGCUGCCGCAAGGCCCGACAUCAAUAUGGCUGUCAAAAUUGGCUCAGCCUCAGACACGCUCGACGUCCCGACUAAAUCUAAGAUCAUCUACGUCAAGGAUUUCAAACAACUGAAUGCUACACACUAUGGUGGCCGCAUCAUUCAGAAGCUUGAGGAGCUUGUUCGCAAGCGCCGUAAUGCUGGAGAAAGUGUCAUGAUCGUAGGAAGCACUUGUUCACGCGAUCUAACCGGGGUUCGCGCUCUCCAGGCCGAAGGCGAGAGCACUUUCUUCAGGACCAUUGUCAUUGCAUCAGAGUCUGGAAACAGUAACACACCGAACUUUGAUGAAGCCAUUGCAUCAUUGGGGAGCAGCUCUGCGUCCUCUGCUGAUGUCUCACCAGCGGAGAAGAGUAAAUUUCGACGCAUCAAUCUAUACCACAUCCAAGAUAUGCUUCGCUCACUAGAUCCAUCUGCAGCUGCCACGAUCUCGGAUCUGGAGCAAAGUCCUACACGAUUUAGCGAAUGGGCUCCUGUAUUCUCCGAGUCACACUUUAACCGUGUGCUGACAUACGAUGAGGUACAUAGAGUAGCGUUGACAGCUCUUGGUCUGCUCAUCACAAGCCCGACAAGUGAGGCUGCAGCCUCUGGAGGUGCACCAGCGCAACUAAGUUGGGCACACGUUGCCCUUGCGAUGGGCCUGUUAAAAGCGAGUGACACUGUCAAAUACACCUAUUUCGAUAAAACUUUACCGGCCCCGAAGCGCUCCAAGAAUGCUUUCAGCAAUGUGGAGGGAGACUUUCAAGCAGACCUGGGCAGAAAACGUCCCGACGAGAAAAGCAUAAAGCGUCAACAGAAUCUACAGCGCAUAGCUUCUACAGCUAGCAAACACGAAAAGCGACUAAUGCCGGGUAUUGCGGAUCCGGAUCAGAUCAAAACGACAUUCGAUCAAGUUCACGUACCUACGGAGACAGUUGAUUCGAUACGGACCAUUACCUCGUUAUCACUAUUGCGUCCUGAGGCUUUCAGCUAUGGUAUCCUAGCGACAGAGAAGAUAUCUGGUGCACUAUUAUACGGACCUCCAGGUACAGGGAAAACGCUUCUUGCCAAGGCUGUGGCAAAGGAGAGCGGCAGUACUGUGCUCGAAGUGUCUGGAAGCCAAAUUAUGGACAAGUACGUGGGUGAAGGCGAGAAGAAUGUAGCGGCCAUCUUUUCCCUUGCACGAAAACUGUCACCAUGUAUUGUGUUUCUCGACGAAGCAGAUGCCGUCUUCGCCUCCCGAGAUGCGAUGCGGGAACGAACGUCACAUCGCGACAUACUGAACCAAUUCUUGAAGGAAUGGGAUGGCCUCAAUGACCUAUCCGUGUUCGUUAUGGUAGCUACGAACCGACCUUUCGAUCUGGACGACGCCGUCAUCCGCCGAUUGCCGAGGCGAUUGUUGGUAGAUUUGCCCACUCAAGCCGACCGGAAAGAGAUCUUGCGCAUACACCUCAAGGGUGAACAACUGGACGAAUCUGUCGACCUAGCAGAUAUCGCCAAACGCACGCCUUUCUACAGUGGAAGUGAUCUCAAGAACAUCGCUGUGUCUGCAGCUCUUGCUUGUGUGAAGGAAGAGAAUGAACAAGCUGCUAUUGCCGCUGCAAAAGCUGCCGCGGAGUCCGAGCCUACGCCUUCUAUUGAUGCUGAGCCUACAUCGGAAUCUCCGGCCACCUCCACGACCACCACAUCGACCCAACAGCCUUCCUCGCUACCGAAAGUCCCACACCUCGUCCGCGGCCAAGAUUAUACUUUCCCCGAAAAGCGUACCCUCCAUGCACGACACUUUGACAAAGCGCUCCAGGAGAUUAGCGCCAGUAUCAGCGAAGACAUGAGCAGUCUGAGUGCCAUCAAAAAAUUUGACGAGCAGUAUGGUGAUCGCAAGGGUAACAAGCGGAGAAAGGACUUUGGUUUUGGUAUGGUCGCCGAAAGGAACGAGAGUGCAGCGAGAGUGAGAAUAUAG